CAGGAACGUGGGUGCAGCAGCAGGCAGGUAUGGCGGCAACCAGGAUACAGACCAGGUGCGGAUGCAGGAGCGUAGGUGCGGCAGCGGAUAGGUAUGGCGGUAACCAGGGUGCAGGCCAGGUAUGGGUACAGGAACGUAGGUGCAGCAGCAGAUGGGUAUGGCGGCAACCAGGAUACAGGCCAGGUGCAGCAGUUUCAGACAAGCCGGGUCAGGAUCAAUCAAGCGGAUCAGGUACAAGGGAGCAGGUAAGCGGAUAGUCAGGGAUAGGCCAGGUCGGUGCAGGCGGAGUUCUUUCUUAGUCAGGGUCAGAUCAGAUACAGGCAACAGAAUCAGGUUAUGGAGUACAGGACGUU